AUGCACUGCAUCAUCCACCAAGAAGCCCUCUGUGCCAAGACAGUCCAGCUUGAUGAUGUGAUGAAUACAGUUGUGAAAACUGUGAACAUAAUUCGAGCACGGGGGCUCUAUCACAGAGAAUUUCAAGCUUUCCUAUCUGAUGUUGAUGCUGAAUACGGGGACGUACUUUACCAUUGUGAUGUGCGCUGGCUCAGCCGCGGCUCCGUGCUGCAGCGGUUUUAUUCCCUAAGAUCAGAAAUUGAUCAGUUUUUGAAAGAGAAGGACAAACCUCUCCGUGAACUAAGUGACCCUCUGUGGUUGGCAGACCUGGCAUUUCUAGUUGAUCUCACUGGUCAUCUUAACACACUGAACAAGAGCCUGCAAGGCAAAGACCAGCUUGUGCCACAGCUGUACGCGCACAUGAAAGCAUUCUGCGUGAAGCUCUGUCUCUUUGAGACACAACUGCAUAACUUCAAUGUUGCACACUUCCCCACGCUGUCCGAAAUCAAGUGUGGUUUUCCAAACGCCAACCUUUCUGCAAAAAAGGAAAAAUAUGUGUCUGUGCUCACAUCUCUUAAGACAGAAUUCAGUCAGCGUUUCCAAGAUUUCUCUACCAUUGAGAAAGAAAUCAAGCUGUUCUCAACUCCCUUCCUGAUGGAUGCAGAAGAAGUGGAAGAGAGUCUGCAAUUGGAGCUUAUCGAAAUGCAGUGUGAUGAUUCUCUGAAGAAUUAGUAUCAGCUGCUCUCCCUACCCGACUUCUACCAGAGCUUGGAAAAGGCCAAGUUUCCUCUGAUGAGACGUCACGCAAAAAGGAUGAUGAGUCUGUUCGGCUCGACAUACAUAUGUGAGCAAACGUUUUCUCUGUUAACUCUGAACAAAAGCAGAUUGAGAACCAAAAUGACCGACAGCCACCUCCGUGAUGUCCUUCACAUCUCAACCACCAAACUCACUCCUGACCUGCCAGCCAUCCUUCAGUCCAAAGCGCAGCAUCACUGUUCCCACUAA